AUGCAAAUCACGACUCGUUCUCUGGCUGAGCUGAUCAGUAAAGCUCUGGGAAAGAACAUUCCAUACCAAGAGCUCGGCUCUGGAGCGAACCGUGAAAUCUCCGACGGGCUGAAUCGUACUGGACGUGGGCACCGCCGUCAGAGGACUAUGAUCCAGGGAGAUUUGGCCAGGGCUGUGAAUCAACAAAGAACUGAGCGUUUAACCCAGGAGGAGUUUACGAAACACACCCUACGGCUCGAUUCUGAUGGAUUCGUGGUUGAGAGGGCGCCCGGUGAGGUGGCUAUUGUUGUAGAAAACCUUGUCCUUAUUGAUAACUCUGAAGAUGAAGAGGUUGGAGAUGCAGAGGGCCCUAUGGUUGAUCAUAGUGCUAAGGAUACACUGGGUGAUACUGACACUGACUCUGAAGCUGAUGAGGAUUAUGCACCUGAGCCUGAGAAGAGGAGAAGACGUUUCACCCAGAACCCGUGGACGUGGGAACGAUUGAUCGCCUAA